AGUUGGGAGCGCGUUCGACUGAAGAUAUCAGAAGAUAUUAUCAGAUAAUCGGAAGGUCGCUGGUUCGAUCCCGGCUCACCCCAUGUAUUUUUGCUUGCGGACAUAUUCUUUCUUUCUUUCUUUUUUUCUUUUCUUCUUUAUUUCUAUCUAUCUAUUUGUCCUUCUGUCUUUUUUACCCCCGUUGGCUUUUUGGUGUUUUGUGAAUGUCUGCGGUGGUCUCAUAUCAAAAAAGAAACUGCUAAACAUAAAGACAUCAUCAGGUACUGUCUCAGUUAACCGUUGGGUUGAUUUUAGACUGCGGCAAAACCGCAGCCGCAGUUUGCUAACCAAAGCCAAUCCUGCAAUUUGCAGCUUUGGUUGUGGUUAGCCAUGGCUAGCCGCAAGAUAACCGCAUUAGCAUAGAUAUCGCUUAUUUGUCCUAUUCACGACCAUUAUUUCAUAAUUAUGUCGCUGACAUACAUGGUACAUCCAUUUCUAAUUUCGAUAUAUACAUGCCCUCGUUAUGAC